CCACCCACCGUGCUUCUUCUGAGCCCUCCGGGCACCCGUCGCGGAGGAAGCGCGCUCUGCGGAAAGGGGCGGGCUUCGUGCUCCAAGGCGGCUGGUUUGAAAAGUGACAACAGUUGGGGGUUUGGGGUUUGUUGUUUCGCUUGUCUCCUGUCUUCUGAGAGCUGCUGCGACCGCAGAAGGACCUUGCUGAGCCAUUCCUGAGUCUGCAGAGGAGGAGACUCUCAGAAUGGAGACGCUGUCAUUCCCCAGAUACAAUGUAACUGAGAUUGUGGUUCAUAUUCGAAAUAAAAUACUAACAGGAGCUGAUGGCAAAAACCUCUCUAAGAAUGAUCUCUAUCCAAACCCAAAGCCUGAGGUCUUGCACGCUAUCUACAUGAGAGCCUUACAGAUAGUGUAUGGGAUCCGGCCGGAGCACUUCUACAUGAUGCCAAUGAACGUAGAAGUCAUGUAUCCACAACUAAUGGAGGGCUUUUUACCAAUCACCAAUUUAUACUCUCAUCUGGCCUCCUUUAUGCCCAUCUGCCGAGUGAAUGACUUUGAGUUCUCUGAUCUUCUGUAUCCAAAAGGCAAACGGACAAUGCGGUUUUUGAGCGCCAUUAUCAACUUUAUUCACUUCAGAGAAGCAUGCCAGGAGACGUAUACAGAAUUUCUUUUGGAAAAUAAAUCCUCUGCAGACAAAAUGCAGCAGUUAAGGAGUGUGCACCAGGAAGCAUCGAUGAAGCUGGAGAAACUCGAGUCAGUUCCAGUUGAAGAGCAGGAAGAGUUCAGGCAGCUUAUGGAUGACAUUCAAGAGCUGCAGCACUUGCUGAACCACGAGUUUAGGCAGAAAACGGCAGUGCUGCAGGAGGGAAUUGCCCAAAAGAAAUCAGCUAUUUCAGAAAAAACCAAGCGUUUGAAUGAACUAAAGCUGUCAUUGGCUUCUUUGAAAGAAGUUCAAGACAGCUUGAAAAGCAAAGUUGUCGACUCUCCUGAGAAGGUGAAGAACUUGAAAGAGAAGAUGAAAGACACUGUCCAGAAGCUCCAGAAUUCCCGGCAAGAAGUGAUGGAGAAGUAUGAACUCUAUCGAGACUCUGUGGAUUGCCUGCCUUCCUGUCAGCUGGAGGUGCAGUUAUAUCAAAAGAAAAUCCAGGACCUUGCAGAUAACAGAGAGAAACUGAGCAGCAUCUUGAAGGAGUGCCUGAACCUGGAGGACCAGAUUGAAAGUGAUUCAUCAGAGCUGAAGAAACUGAAGACGGAAGAGAACUCCCUCAAAAGGCUGGUGACUGUGAAGAAGGAGAAGCUGGCCACCACACGCUUCAGGAUGAACAAGAAGCAGGAGGACGUAAAGCAGUACAAGCGGACAGUGAUCGAAGAUUGCAAUAAAGUUCAAGAAAAAAGAGAUGCUGUCUGUGAGCAAGUAACCACCAUUAAUCAAGAGAUCCAGAAGAUUAAAUCUGGGAUUCAGCAACUAAAAGAUGCUGAGAAAAGGGAGAAACUGAAGUCUCAGGAAAUCUUCGUCAACUUGAAAAGCGCUCUGGAGAAGUACCAUGAGAGCAUUGAGAAGGCCAGGGAGGAGUGCUGCGCUAGAACGGAAGAGAAGACUGCCGAGCUGAGGAAGAGGAUGUUCAGAGUGCGGCCUUGAUCCACAGGGCAGCCCUCCGGACACCGCCUUCCCUUCCCUUUGUCAUGGUUAUAGCGAUGCAGAUAGAAGUACCAGCCAGUCUGCUAACUUCCUGUCACCUGGUCACCGUUGGUUCCCGUUUGCCUUGGGUGUGCUUUUAUAGGAUGGUGUGCUCCCUGUGGUUUUUCUUUGUAUUUUAGGUACCAAAAGUAAUAGGACAGCAAAUAAAGGUAGAAAUAGUUAAUAGAUAGAAUUUUGAGAAAUUGUACAGUAUCCACUAGGCAAGAGGUCUAGUAAUUGAUAUUCAAAGGUAAAAUGAAGGCAUUCUUUUGGUUGGUCUGACUUUUCCUAAGCACACAUUGUUAAAUGACAACUAAGGUUUUAGGAUGAAGCUAUGUCAUAUGGAGAACUGUUAAGUAUUUUUUUUUUUUAACCUUUCACUUAUACCAUGAAAUAAACUUGA